AUGAUAACUCAAUUAUCAUCCCGUUGUCUUCUUCUUCUCUUCUUCUUUGUUCUUUUAAAUUACGAUGUUUCGACUUCCAGGCUGCAAAAAAAAAAAAGAAAAAGAAAAGAAAUAACACCUAUAUUUAAAAAAUCUUGCCCGGCAAAUAAAUCAGAAGAAUAUCACAAAAACAAAGAAACAGAAAAGAAACUACUAGAAGACGGAAAUGAAAGAAACGGGAGCAAAAAAUGA